AUGCUUAACAAUCACAAAAAUGAAGAAAAUAAUAAAGGUAAUAGACCUUCAAAACACGACCUCAAGAGCUUCUACCAUUUAUCAGCGUAUUAUUUUCAUUCCUCUGCUUUCGAAAUGUCUCCUUUUUUGUCCAUUAGUGUGCCGAAAAGACGAAGAAAAAUUGACGGUAUUUGGUACAAGAAUAAUAAUGAAUUAUUUAGAUUUAAAUGUAAAGUUUCCACCUCGAAUAUAUAA